GAAUUUAAAUCAGUCUACUAUCUAACCAACAACACCACUACUAGUCUUGCUCUGUUCUUCGUUACUUAUUAUGUAGGAGAAUUGAAAUACCACAAGGGAACAACUUGCUUUCACUUCCUUUUGGCAUCUGAGAACGACAGGGCAAUUACUUUGAAAUCCGCACCCAAGAGCACUCCUAUCUGCGAUUGUUGUUCUGCGCCUUUGUGGCUUGUGCAAGGAUUGGCUGGAAAUGGUAACGUGCUGCUUAGCCGUCUAUUUGAAGUCAACGUAUGCAAUCGCUGACUUCGCGUCUUUUGGCCCUUGAAUCCACACGCCUGUCUGGUUGUGGGUCAAAGGAUGAAUUCUGUCGAUGACUGGAAUCAAACAAUUCAUGGAUCGUCGUCGAAAAUAGUAGGAGAUUUCUGUAUAUACUUGUUUAGAUUCAGAUGUCUGCUCCUUAACAGUUGGAGAUGAAAAAAUAGAAAAAACGGCUUGUGCAAAAUAUGUAAAUGAUUCCGUUCUUCUUACGGCACCAUAACUCACCUUCAUCUAAUGCGCCAUGAUGCUGAUUUUGGGAUUUAAUCUGUAUCCUUUUUCUGAGUUCUGUGGUUUUGUUUGGCUCUAGGUCCAUGCGUUAGACUGUUGCCAAUACAAUACUAUAUAAUGCAUAGCACGCUAGGAAUACUUAACUCACUGCGCACCGCUGCGUUUUUGCCUCAUAUGCCCUGACUACAUCAGAGGUUCAAAGUAUGCUUAGAUCCUGCCAUUCUUUUGCCUAUUCAUUAAGUAACCCACCUCAGCUCUCCUCUAGAAAACUAACUUGAUUCAGCUGGUCCACACAUUGUUGCGGUUAAGCCUCACAUGCACAUGUUUUCACUUAGGACUUAGUCGCUGCGACGCCUUUGCCAUUUGAUACUCAUUCUACAUAUCAUAACCAAAACGCCUUUGAUCCAUUGGUGUCUCUAUUAUCUCCAACUUUCAGCAAAUAAGUUCCAUCGUUGAAUGCUCACUCUCAGUUUGUAGAUAACUUUCAGUGACCAGCUCCUAGUGUUUCAGCAUAAGACAUUUACUUACACUUGCGACAAUUACCAUUAGUUGGAUGACUAAAAGAAAGACAACAGCAAAGGAUACGUUGCACAUUUUACUUCAGUUCUUCUUAGAUCAUAAUAUAGAUUUCAUACGAUUGUCAUAUUGAUUGGUUCCACGCCGGUUCUCCUCUGCGUUCUGCCAGCUCGUCCAUAUUUUCUUCUUUCCGAGGUUUGAAGAAACGAAUCAGGAACUUCCUUAAAGCCUGUUUCAAAUGGGAUGAAUUUAUCCGAAAAGGACUUAGCUGCGCAACCCAUGCGACUCGAGGCUGAUUCACCUGAAUGUAAACAACUAUAAAACUGGCGUUGCUACUGAUCAUUUCGGCGAUCACCCGCACCCAGCGACUACCGGGUGCAAGCCCAAUGUUAAUAACAGUGCAAGUUAAUGCAAAAGCAAAUCGGGAAGAGGUUGAUCCAUUAAUGGUUGCCUCGAGAUUAUAUAAUGAGAAACCAAAUAACUAUCUACAAGGGCAGCGUUAUCAAUCCCUCUCACCAGAUAUUCUCUUCCCAGAUCAAUGGCUCAAAGGUGAUCGCUCUCCAAGUACUCAAACAUUUCUAUAAAGUAUCGCUUAUCCUGUCGAUCUCAAGCGUUUCUUGCCAGUUGACGCCAGUGUUCAAAAUUUUUGACGGCAGAUUUCCAGAACGUGCCAAAUUUUCCUUGUAACUACACGGUGACGUGACGAAUGUGGUUCGCCACUGAAUAUAUUGACAGCCCUCAACUUUACACUGGCAUUUUUGAGCAGUCACAGUUCCUAAUUAUUUAUGCAUAUACUUCAAGAUAAUUUUGUUUUAGAUGCCAUUAUGACCACAAAGCUUACACCUAUACGACAUUACUAAAUACCCAAGCUGAUUUCCUUCUGUUGUCACAUCACAACCUAUAAUGUCCUCACCAGUAUUUCCCAAAUUCCGCAGGCGAAAUAUUUCAGUACCCGUUACAUCGCAUGUAACUUGAUGUGCAUGUUGGGACAGGUAAUUGCUUGUAAAAUAUUGAUCAUGCCGAAUUUUCUGUGCCUUGAUGUAAAUGAAAAUAAGACAUUUCAGCUAACUC